AGCAAUACCGAGGAAAUGUCCUUGCAAACAGGUAAAACAGGUUGAGCGGCCAUCCAACCAGACGGCUUUAUGGUAAUGAGGAGUAAGUAAAGGAGGAGUGAGAGCACCAGGCAGCACAUUACUGCUUGAUCCUCUGUAUUCCACUGCCAGGUGUUUGGAUGAAAGUAUCUGCAUUCAGUUAAUUUCAUCUGGACCAGGAUAACGAUGUUGAGACAAAGCUGCAGUCACUGGAAGUCAUUUUCCUCCCUCAACUGCCUGCCCUGGCUAUCUUGCUUCUUGUUAUGCACUGCCACUCUCUUGAGCACAGAGUUGAGGUGUGCACGAGGGAUGCAGGUGACGUCUACGGGCCCACAGACCAUCCAGGUGGCUGAGGGAGAGGGCGUGACAUUGGGCUGCAGGUACACGCCGGGCACCCUUGACACCGGAGAACUUGACAUCGAAUGGUCUGUGCUCAGUCCAGACACCACACAGAAAGAUCAGAUGUUGAUGUCCUAUAGCAGCGGCACUAAAUAUCUCCAUGGGAACCACGCUCUGGCAAAAGGGUUCAGCUUCACUGCUCCCGACCCCUCGAUGGGUGACGCCUCACUCUCAAUCGCUCUGCUGUCACCUGCACACAGUGCGACAUACCAGUGUAAAGUGAAGAAAUCACCUGGAGUCGACAUGCGCAAGGUGUCACUGGUGGUAAUAGUGAAGCCGUCUGCGCCUAAGUGCUGGGUGGAGGGAGGGGAGCUGGUUGGCGAGGCUGUGGCGCUGCACUGCCAGUCUGCAAAAGGCUCCACUCCCUUAAAAUACACGUGGAGGAGGGAAAGCGCAGGCCCCGUCCCUGCUACAGCCACACAGAACAGUGUGACUGGGGAGCUGAAAAUCAGCAACCACUCGCAGAGCUUUGCAGGAAUCUACCGUUGUGAGGUGAACAAUGCUGUUGGAGCCGAACACUGCAAGAUCAACCUGAGAGCGAAUAAACCUCCAAACAGAGCAGCUGUGAUAGUCGGCACCGUCGUGGGCUCUCUGCUCCUCCUCAUCAUCCUGCUGGUAAUAAUCGGACUUCUUUACUGGAAGCUGAACAGCAGAUAUCACAAUGACAAGGAGUUCUCCAAUGAGAUCAGGGAGGAUGUUCCGCCUCCUGAGAGCCGCCCGGUCAGUCGCCACACGAGCCGGAGCACCAAUCAGCACCCACAGGUGACUUACUGUCAGGUGGGUGGGACCGAAGGGAGCUCUUUCAACGAAGGAUGUGCACACCCCCACUCGAGCAACAGCUGUACACCAGUCAAAUGCACACCAGUAGAAUAUGACAGCAAGUAUGGCUACGCAGUGUGACAGUCACCAACAACAGAGAUGAACUGAGAAGCAUUAGCUCCCACUGAAAUGUUUGAAACUGGAAAUGUGGAGCAACAACAUUUCUGCAGAGUUUAAUUAACUGAACUGGAAGCUGUGCAGUGUGAUGAUUUAAUGAUAACACUAUUCAUGUUACUUCCUUUUAUAAGAAGUGUUCUUCUUCUAUUGCUAGAUAAUGUAAGCAUUGCCAUUAUUUAUCCAACAUGCAGGGAGAUGUCACUGUGUGUGCAGAAACAGAUCUUCAAAAUGUAUAAAAUUAAAAAAAACUCAUUAUGACAAAGACUAAUAUCUUAUUUUCAUUAACUC